UAAUAUGCGGUAGACGUAGACGCCAGAGUGCCAGACGGUCGCGGUCGAGUAUGGACGGGUGUCGGGCGGUGAUGCAUAUUAUUGUCAUAAAUAGUUUGGCUGCUUUAUUGUGGUCCUUAUAAAUGUAUAAAAAACAGUUCAUUUAUUAUCCGCUACUAAGAAGUCUUUCGAAGCUUUCUUAACACAGUUAUACAGGGCUGAAUUGAACUUUUGCCAUUAUUCAGUAAAAAAUGACCCGUAAAUGUUUACAAUCAUUGUGGUUAACCGCAAUAUGAUUUUGGUUUAUAAAAUUUAAAAGGUACUUGAAAAUAUUGACAUUUCAAAGCUGCAACAAUAAAUCAAAGUCAUGGCGCCAGUACCUUUGGAAGGACAUCAAACGCCAGUAACCAACAUGCCUCAAGAAGGGAAUCGUGGGGGUUCUAUUUCCCUAGGAUUGCUUAUCGACUUUAUUAUUCAAAGAACGUAUCAUGAGCUCACUGUGCUUGCUGAAUUAUUACCUCGGAAAACAGACAUGGAGCGUAAAAUUGAAAUUUACAAUUUUUCUGCGAGAACACGACAGUUGUUUGUACGCUUACUUGCCCUUGUAAAAUGGGCUAGUAGCGCUACAAAAGUUGAAAAAUCCGCUCAUAUAAUGGCUUUUCUUGAUAAGCAUUCUUUACUAUUUGUUGAUACAGCUGACAUAUUAGCAAGAAUGGCACGUGAAACAUUAGUUCAUGCUAGACUACCAAAUUUCCAUUUGCCAGCUGCUGUUGAAGUUUUAACUACAGGAAGUUAUAAUCGUCUUCCAGCUUGUAUUCGAGAAAAAAUAGUACCACCAGAUCCAAUAACUUUAUCAGAAAAAAGAAGUACUUUGCAGAGACUAAAUCAAGUCAUUCAACAUCGACUUGUAACAGGAAAUCUUAUGCCUCAAAUGAAAGAUCUUGAAAUUGAUGCUGGAAGAGUAACAUUUAGAGUAGAGCAAGAAUUUUCAGUUUCGUUAACUGUGAUGGGCGAUGGGCCAAAUUUACCUUGGAGAUUGCUAGAUCUUGAAAUUUUAGUUUCAGAUAGAGAAACAGGUGAUGGGAAGUCUUUAGUUCAUCCAUUACAGACACAGUAUGUUCAUCAGGUGGUUCAAGCUCGUUUAUCAGAAAGUAGUGACCCUCUUGCAGAAGUCUACCACAUUCUACAUUACUUCUGCCAAUCUUUGCAGCUAGAAGUGUUGUACUCCCAAACAUUACGAUUGAUAAGAGAUAGACUUGAUGAUCAUAUUCGCAUAGAUAAAUAUAUAUCUGGUGAAUGUUUGACCAUUUCUUAUUGGAAAGAAUUAACCAACAAAGAUUCAGGAUCUGAACUUGGAUACAAAUUAAGCGUUUUAGUAGAUCAACAUGAUCCUGCAAAACCUUUAGCUAUCGUUCAUACCCCAUCUUUAGCUAAUAAAGAAUGUGAAAUUUCAGAUCUGGCAAUAAGAUCAAAUCAAUUAUCAAUGGAAUAUUUAUUGGUUCAUACCAUUUACAUAAGAACAAGAAAUCGAUUAACAGAUUUAAAACAAGAGUUACAAAGCAUGUUUAAAGGUGUAGAAUGUACAUUAGCAGGUUCACCAGCCAUUUUAUCAGUUCCUAUUCUACAGCCAUGUUUGAGAGCUGAACUACUGUUGAUCGCAGUUGACACUCACACUGGUAUGUUGCAGUGUCAUAUACCGCAAUACGACGCUCCAUUAGUUCCAGAUUUAACUGCAGCAUUAAAUGAAGAUCACUUGAAGCUACCAGCGCUGAUAUCAGAAUUAAGAUUUUGGAUUACCCAAAAAAGAUGUGAAAAAACCUUGCAACAUUUACCAGCAACACCCCAUGAAAAAUUACCACUUUUGUAUCAACCAGAUCAUCCAAUAACGUCAAUCAGCAAGCAUAGAAUGUAUGUGCAGUUUCAUAGACAUCCAACAGUUAUUUUAAUUGUGUCCUUUAAAGAAAAUGAACUGCUGCCAUGCGAGAUUCAGUGUUCUUUUUAUUUAUGCGCUGUUAAAGCCAGUUCAACAGAGCAAGAGUCGCACGAUGACAGUAUUGAAACUAAAAGCCACAAUAUAUACCUAAAAUUAGAGAGCCUCAUAGAAUUUGACACCUUUGUUGUUACUCACGGUUCAUUUACUAGCAUAGACUGUGAAAGUAAUGAGUCUGAAAGCAGUGGCAUAUCAGAGACAGGGGAUAAAAGUAAAAAGCGGAGGAGUACAGGUCUCAGUGUAAGAACAGAUACCAGUGGUUCAACCCAGAGUAAGAGAACAAAGUCUCCGGCAUACUUCAUCCCAGAACUAGCACAUGUUGUUGCACUUUGCGAUGAGCAGAUACCAUUUGUUAUGCUUGCCCAGGAAUUGACAAAACGAGAAAUUGCCCAUCAAGGAUUGCAAAUCGAAGCAAACGCCACUGCACUGGUACUGAAAUUGGUUCAGCUUCCGGCCCCAUCAACGAACUUGGCUACAAACAGCGCAUGGAACGCUCUUCUCAAAAGACUGCUCAGUGUGGCAAUUAGAGUUCAAGGAAAAGGCACUGGUAAGACGUGGCUGGCCGAAUUUGUGUUUUAUGGCAGUCCUUUGAUAAGCAGCCAUCCCAAGGAGCAAGGAUUGCGCAGGCCUAUUUACUUCCAGUAUGAAAUGGGCACUAUAGACACAAUACCCCAGAUGGUGGACUCGCUGCUGAACGACUGGGCCCAGAUUGUAAACCUCUACUCGCUGGUUCACGACCUCUCCGAAUACUACAAAAUGGAAAAGUCCAAUCUGCGGAACAUAGCAAAUAUCAAGUCUUACAACUACAGCAAGUUGAUAAUGUCCUACGGACCGUAUAGACGAUCAUCCGUCACGGUACAAUGGGACGCGAACGAGAAAACCUUCAAGCUGUUCUUUGGCAAAAGUCCCACAAGCACCGUCGAGAACGCGCACUCUCUGCUCAGGGAGCAGCUCGAGGCGAACCUCAACAGGGACAAGAACCUUAUGCAGAUAAUACACAUCCUCAACGAGACGCUCCAGCCUCUGACAUCGAUCAGCAAGCUGCCCAUCAUUCCGCAGCUCGGCCUCUACGAGAAACGCAUCCAGAUCCCAGUGCAGACGUUCAUCGUGAUGCCUCAGUGCAUCAGCCUGGUGCGCAUAGCCUACCAGAGCAUGUACUGCCUGGAGCUGUGCUUCCGGGGCGACGGACUGGUAAGUCUGCGCGACGGCGCCUACAGCCGCUUCGACCACAGCAACGUCGUCGAGGGCUUCACGCCGAUCCAGGGCCUGAGCACCUUUCUCUCACAGUACGUGGACAAGAAUGCGAUCUACCGGCGGAGGUCGCAGUCGGAGGACGACAACCCGCCGUCGCCCGUGACCGUCGACAGCGAGGGCAACAACGGAGGCGGCGGUCCCGGCGGAGGCGGUGGUCUCGGCGGCUUCCUGGCCCAUCACCGGAGCGGUCCCCAGUCGCCGGCCCAGCAGCGCGAGGGCCUGCGCUUCCAUCCGCCGCACACGCCGCCCUCCGGCAGCAAUCCCAACACCCCGGCCAGUCCGCACACCGCAAACAUCGGUAGCCAGGGCGGCCAGCACCAGAACUACGGCAACAGCCCCGGCAUGUCGCUGAACCUCGCCUCGCCGCCGUCGCUGACGCCCAACACGCCGAACGUCCUGCCGCACCCGUCGCCCGGCUCCGGACUCGUGGCCAGCCCGCUGAACCAGAUGCACGCGCCCAGCCCAGCGGGCCUCAUGCCCACCUCGUCGCCGGGACCCUGCAGCAACGUCCAGCUCGGGCACUCGCCUGCCGGUUCAUUCAUGCAGACCGGCGGCCACGGCGUCGACGGCAGCCCAUUCCCCUCGUCGCAAAGCAUGGCCUCGCCGGCCGCCUCGAAUUGGGUUGGCUCGCCUAGUAUCUCACGGCCCUCGCCCGUCAGGCCUGGCCAGAGUCCCGGCCACGUGCCGCUCCACAGCCCCCAGCAGCCGCAGCAGCAGAUGUCCGCGGAGCACGCGCGCAUGGGCAAUCACGUGUCUAGGGUGCUGCCUCAGCGCUCCUGGGCCGGCGCCAUACCCACCAUCCUCACCUACGACACUCUCGAGUUGCUGUGCAGCUGCUCGAAGCACCCGGCCGGCGUGCCCGGACCCGACAUGUCGCCGCUCGAGCGCUUCCUCGGCUGCGUCUUCAUGAUCCGUCAGCUCAAGCGCUUGAUACAGAUGAACGAGCGGGAGAAUCCUCUCAGCAUCGUCAACAGUACCGAGUUCGGCGUGAUCCACUUCAAGGUUGAGUCGCUGCAGUGCCGCGUCUCGCUCAAUCCGCAGAACAUGCAGUCGCUGCACAUAAAGAUUCAGCCGGUGCCCGAGUCUGGCAAGCCCUGGACCCUCGAGGACCUGCAAGCUCUGGAGAAGUUCUUCGACUCGCGGGUCGUCGCCGCGCCCUACAAGCCCAACAACCUGCAGUGCUUCAUCAACAUGCUCCUCAUGCCGCACGCAGUUCUCAAGGACUUCAUCCAGAUCAUGAAGCUCGAGCUGAUACCGAGCCUAGUUCAGCAGCAUCAGAUGAAGUGGGCUCCCCAGUGGUGUCUUCGCGUGCCGCCCUCGGCCAUGCCCAUCAUCCCCGUCGGCUACCCGGCCAUCCUGCUCAAGAACACCAAGAUCCUCUACUACCUGCACAUCACAAGGCUGGGUGUGCAGUGUCGCGAGGAAGAGGAGCCGCCCUCGCUUAUCCUGCCUCUGGUCUACGACACCCGGAACAAUGUCACGCUGUUGGCCAACGAGAGAGACCCGGCCAUGGCCGCUGUCUUGGUGCAGCUCAAGAGGUUCGCCGAAUACGGCAGCAACUCGCCGGAGUGUACGCUCUUCUCGGCGGUGAGGAAUUUGCUGAUUAACCUGACGCUGCCCUCGGAGACAGUUAUGUCCCAGCAGAUGGCUCCGAAUAUGGCUGGAGCCCAGGUCGCCCCUGGUCAGCAGAUCCCCAACGCUGGCAUGCAGAUGAUGCCUGGUGCCCAGGGUCUAUCUCAGGGACCAUACCGCGCCCAGGGCAUUCCGCCUAUGAAUAUGAUUGGUGGACCUCAGUGAUACUAAAGUGUAGAUAUUCUUGUAACUAUACUGAUGCGCUUCACCUGCGGACCUGCAGACCUGCAGACAACACGCAGCCAUCUCGAGUUAGGCAUCAGCUAGUGAACUAACGUAUGAAAUUUCAACACCUGAAAAACAAUGCGGCAUUAUCAUCGGUUGGUGACGUGAAAAAUAAUUGCGAGAAACGGAUAGAAGACCAUUCAUUAACUAUGCUAAAAUUAAUCUUGCAUAGAUUGAACUUUGUCAGACUGUUUUUACCAGAGCAGUUAUUGUACAAUUCGUAAUUUAGUCACUUUUGAAAAACACAAGAGGUUACGUUUAAUGUAAAUGUAUUUUUAUAGCUCUAAGUAAAAAUUUCUAUAUAAAGAUAAAAUUUAUAAAUAUUUUUUAUUAUUACGAAUCUUGUGAUAAGGAUAAGAUAUCAUGAAAGCCUUGCUAUAAAAUCAUAAUAUAGAUGUAUAGCGUUUAAUUUUACUUGAUUAAAGUAAAGCUGGAAUUAAUUUAACAUGUAGACUUAUACUUAAUUCAUCUUUAGUUUUUCAUCAAAGUAAAUUAUUGUUUGUUUUCUUCAUACAUAGGAAAACUUGUACAUAAAUCAAGACAUAUAAAUGUAUGUAAAACUAAUUCAUACGAAAUACAUUACUUUCUUAGAA